GCCGGGCCGCUGCGGACGGAGUGGAGAGCGCUGCUGAUGGCAUUGUUUUUGUGGCAGCCGCUGAAUGACAGCUCCCCACUACAAAGAUCUCCCCUUGGCCCCGGCGUAGGCCUCCUAGUCCGGGCGUUUCACCAUGCCAGCGCAGCGCCAUGAGUCCUGGAUGCAUGCUGCUGUUUGUGUUUGGCUUUGUUGGCGGGGCGGUGGUCAUUAAUUCUGCCAUCCUAGUAUCUCUCUCUGUUUUGCUGCUCGUGCACUUUUCUAUUUCUACCGGGGUGCCGGCUCUGACGCAGAACCUACCAAGGAUACUCAGAAAAGAGCGCCCUAUAACCUUAGGGAUUUUCCCACUGCCCGCCGGAGAUGGGCUACUGACACCGGACACACAGAAGGGCGGCGAGACCCCGGGAUCAGAGCAGUGGAAAUUCCAGGAGCUGAGCCAGCCGCGAUCACACACCAGCCUGAAGGAUGAACUUUCUGACGUUAGCCAAGGUGGCUCUAAAGCUACUACUCCCGCAUCAACAGCGAAUUCCGACGUGGCAGCCAUUCCCCCCGAUACUCCCCUGAAGGAAGAGAGUGACGGGUUGGCCAGGGGCUCAGACACCCCAACUAAGUUAGAGCUGAGCCAGCACAUCGAGGUGCAGGUCGCGCAGGAGACUAGGAAUGUGUCCACAGGCUGUGCUGAAAAUGAAGACAAGUCGGAAGUUCAAGCGAUUAUUGAAUCCACUCCUGAGUUGGAUAUGGACAAAGAUCUCAGUGGAUACAAAGGUUCGAGCACUCCCACCAAAGGCAUAGAGAACAAAGCUUUCGAUCGCAACACAGAAUCCCUCUUUGAAGAGCUGUCUUCCGCUGGCUCUGGCCUCAUUGGAGAUGUGGACGAAGGCGCGGAUUUACUAGGGGAAUAUUCUGACCAUAAUUUCUUUGGAAUGGGUCGUGAAGUUGAGAAUCUUAUCCUAGAAAAUACACAACUUUUGGAAACCAAAAACGCUUUGAACGUGGUGAAGAAUGACCUGAUAGCCAAAGUGGACGAGCUGACGUGUGAGAAGGACGUGCUGCAGGGGGAGCUGGAGGCCGUGAAGCAGGCCAAGCUGAAGCUGGAGGAGAAGAACAGAGAGUUGGAAGAGGAGCUCAGGAAAGCUCGUGCCGAGGCUGAAGAUGCAAGGCAGAAAGCGAAAGAUGAUGAUGAGAGUGAUAUCCCCACAGCCCAGAGGAAGCGGUUCACGCGGGUGGAGAUGGCCCGCGUGCUCAUGGAGAGGAACCAGUACAAAGAGAGACUGAUGGAGCUCCAAGAGGCUGUUCGAUGGACAGAGAUGAUUCGGGCAUCACGAGAAAAUCCAGCCAUGCAGGAAAAAAAAAGGUCAAGCAUCUGGCAGUUUUUCAGCCGACUUUUCAGCUCCUCAAGUAACACAACCAAAAAGCCCGAGCCCCCCGUUAACCUGAAGUACAAUGCACCCACCUCUCACGUGACCCCCUCUGUCAAGAAAAGAAGCAGCACCUUGUCACAGCUCCCUGGGGACAAGUCCAAAGCCUUCGAUUUCCUGAGUGAAGAAACCGAAGCUAGUUUAGCUUCACGCAGAGAGCAGAAGAGAGAGCAGUACCGGCAGGUAAAGGCGCAUGUGCAAAAAGAGGAUGGUCGUGUGCAGGCGUUUGGCUGGAGUCUGCCUCAGAAGUACAAACAGGUGACCAAUGGCCAAGGGGAAAACAAGAUGAAAAAUUUACCUGUGCCUGUCUAUCUCCGACCUCUUGAUGAAAAAGAUGCAUCCAUGAAGCUGUGGUGUGCGGUUGGAGUUAACUUAUCUGGUGGGAAGACCAGGGACGGCGGGUCUGUCGUUGGAGCAAGUGUGUUUUACAAGGAUGUUGCGGGUUUGGAUACGGAAGGCAGUAAACAGCGGAGUGCGUCUCAGAGCAGUUUGGAUAAGUUAGACCAGGAACUUAAGGAACAGCAGAAGGAGUUAAAAACUCAUGAAGAAUUAUCCAGUCAGGUGUGGAUCUGCACCAGCACCCACUCAGCGACAAAAGUGAUCAUCAUCGAUGCCAUCCAGCCUGGCAACAUCCUGGACAGCUUCACCGUGUGCAACUCGCAUGUCCUGUGCAUCGCCAGCGUCCCGGGAGCCCGGGAAACAGACUACCCCGCAGGAGAGGAUCUUUCAGAAUCUGGUCAGGUGGACAAGGCGUCCUUGUGCGGAAGCAUGACGAGCAACAGCUCGGCCGAGACGGACAGUCUCUUGGGCGGCAUCACAGUGGUCGGUUGCUCCGCAGAGGGCGUGACAGGCGCUGCCGCUUCCCCUAGUACCAACGGUGCUUCCCCAGUCACAGACAAGCCCCCAGAAAUAGAAGCGGAAAAUACGGAGGUGGACGAAAGUGUCCCAACCGCGGAGGAAGCCACGGAAGCCACCGAAGGCAGCGCGGGGUCUGUGGAAGACGCCGUGGACGUCUCCCAGCCCGGUGUGUACACCGAGCACGUCUUCACCGACCCUUUGGGGGUUCAGAUCCCCGAAGACCUGUCCCUGGUCUGUCAGUCGAGUAAUGAUUCCGACGUGUAUAAAGACCCGAUAUCCUCAGUGCUGCCGAGUGAACAAGACCUGGUGAGAGAGGAAGCCCAGAAGAUGAGCAGUCUGCUGCCGACCAUGUGGCUGGGCGCUCAGAACGGCUGCCUGUACGUGCACUCGUCUGUGGCCCAGUGGAGGAAGUGUCUCCAUUCCAUCAAACUCAAAGACUCCAUCCUCAGCAUUGUGCACGUGAAGGGGAUCGUGUUAGUGGCCCUGGCUGAUGGUACCCUCGCCAUCUUUCACAGAGGAGUUGAUGGGCAGUGGGACCUAUCCAACUAUCACCUCCUGGACCUGGGGCGGCCCCACCACUCCAUCCGAUGCAUGACCGUGGUGCACGACAAAGUCUGGUGUGGCUACCGGAACAAGAUCUAUGUGGUGCAGCCCAAGGCCAUGAAAAUAGAGAAAUCCUUUGACGCGCACCCCCGGAAGGAGAGCCAGGUGCGGCAGCUGGCCUGGGUGGGCGACGGCGUGUGGGUCUCCAUCCGCCUGGACUCCACACUGCGUCUGUACCAUGCGCACACCUACCAGCACCUGCAGGACGUGGACAUCGAGCCUUACGUCAGCAAGAUGUUAGGCACUGGGAAACUGGGCUUCUCUUUCGUGAGGAUCACAGCUCUUAUGGUGUCCUGCAAUCGUUUAUGGGUGGGGACCGGAAAUGGUGUCAUUAUCUCCAUCCCACUGACAGAAACUGUAAUCCUCCACCAGGGACGUUUACUGGGGCUGAGGGCAAAUAAAACCUCAGGAGCCCCAGGAAACCGUCCUGGCAGUGUGAUCCGCGUCUAUGGUGAUGAAAACAGCGAUAAAGUGACCCCAGGGACGUUCAUACCCUACUGCUCGAUGGCACACGCACAGCUCUGCUUCCACGGACACCGCGACGCCGUGAAGUUCUUCGUGGCCGUCCCGGGUCAGGUCCUUAGCCCACAGAGUGGCAGUGGUGGCACGGAUCUAACUGGUGACAGAGCAGGGCCCUCUGCCCAGGAGCCCAGCAGCCAGACGCCCUUGAAGUCUAUGCUGGUCAUCAGUGGAGGAGAGGGUUACAUCGACUUCCGGAUGGGUGAUGAAGGUGGAGAAUCCGAACUUCUCGGGGAGGACCUUCCCCUGGAGCCUGCCGUCACCAAAGCGGAAAGGAGCCACUUGAUCGUGUGGCAAGUGAUGUAUGGCAGUGAGUGAGCCCGCGGGGACAGCUGGAGGUGGACGCCGUCUCUUCUGCAUGGUUUAUUUUCCCUUUCUCCCUUUAUUUAAUGCUCUUGUUGUGAAAUAAGUUUCACCACAGUGGUGUGAGCAUUCUUUCCCGCUAACUUUAUGUUACCACCUGUCCUGCCAUCCAGUGCCGAGGAGCUGGCCGUCUACUGCACCAGUGUUACAGGCAGCGUCCAUGUGUUAUGAACAAAUCAGACAGCGCUGACUUUCUGCAAACCGGGAGUUGUAGAAAACGAUCCAGAUGUGCUUGCCUGGCCAGUCUCGUGUCGCUCGCUUUGUUGGAGGGGGGCACUUUUAGCUGUCACUAAUAAUGGAAUGAACGGGAAACACUUGAUAAAUGAGACUGUACCAUAAAGUACGACAGCAGCGUUUUCCCCGGUGUGUUAUAAAAUUGACACAGUAAUAGCAGGUGGCUCAUCGGGGGCUGUCUGCCCCUCCCGAGAGGGCCAGCUGCUACUGUAAAUUAACGCCACUUUCAAACCUGACAGAUCUUGUUUAUAUGGUAUAUAAAACUUUGUUUUCAUCAGAUUUGGGGGGGUUUUAUAUUAAAGAAAGUAAGACUACACUAUUUAAAUAAAAUUUUCCUGUUUCUGUUUUAUUAGAGCUCUAAAGUUUAUAAGGCCUGCUUCUCUGAAUAUCCUGACUUUUUUUUUAACCAGUUGUGCUCAUUUCCAUACUGACAUGUUUGAGGCUUGUUAUCCGUAAAGCUCAGAAGACAUCUGGACAGACUGACAAAACACAGCAGCAUUGGGCAGAGUUUUUUAAAGGAAUCAUGUUUUGUAUACUGUGUACCAGAGGACGGUGGCGGCUGGCUCAUUUUGGGUUUUCUUCCAUGUAAAAAUUCACCUGUUUGCCACAUAUUCCCCGGGCUGCACGUGGCUUCCAGGAGCAGUGGCCGCAACGGCGACAGGGUGGUGGGGACGGAGUCAGAGUCCGGCCUGACUGAGGAAUGGGGCAGGAAGCUCUGCUCUGUACAGACCUGAUGCACAGCUCCCACCUGGUCCUGCGGAUGCAAAGAACACACUUCAGAUUCGUUCCCUUUUAGGCUUAAAAUGCCACCAAAGGGAAAAACUGAAGGCGAAGAUGCCGGCCGAGUUGCUCCACACAAGGCCAGGGUCGGCUCUGCGUCUCUCCCCACACGGAUGUGAGUCUGGGUUGAAGUGAUUCUCUUGUCAUUGAGUUUUUAAAAAUCAUGAUGCUGUUUUAAUUCUCUCAAACUUCCUGAAAUGUGUGAUGUACCAUUUCUUAUCCGUUAACUCGAAGCAAAGCUAAGUAACUUUUUGUGCUGUUUUAAGAAUGUAAACCUGUAGGAAAAAGGUCCCCCCAGUCAUUGGAAGGACUGUCCGAGGAAAGAAAGCAAACACAGGUCUCUUAACUGUCUGAGCAUUUGUAAGUUCCAGGGACUUUUUUUUUUUUUUUCCUGAACUGUUGUACAAAAACAUCUGUAAAAUGGAUGUGGGGACUGAGGCUGGAGUAUAAAAUACGUGGAUUUAAUCAGCCAGGGAGCCCUCAGCCAUUUGGCCACAGGCAUCUGUAAUAAGCACAUUGUGCACA